AUGAUCUCGAUUUUUCUAUUAAUAUUUUACUCUUUUCAUUUGGGUGUUUUGUGUGAGACGGAGAGUGGUCAAGAGUUGACGCUCCGAAAUCUCGUGAGAUUUGGUGAAAACUCGGCUCUCUUUGAUUCACUCUCAUCAGCCGUUGAACAAAAUCUUCAAAAUCAGCCAGCACAUCAUGAAGUUGAGCCGCACGAGGCAUCGAUCAAUCGAACGCUGACGAUGAGCCGAUUGAACGCACAAUAUUCAGACAUUUUGUUGGAGCACGACAUUCGACCAAAUCGAGCGUUUUUAGAGGAAAUGCUCGAAGAAAUGACCUCAAAGGGACGGGUGAAAAGACAAGCCUACAGAAAGAAGACCUAUCCACGGGAGAUCUGGUCGGACGGAGUGCCCGUCGCCUAUCAUCGAAGCAUGAAUCGCUACAAAAAGUACACAGUGAUCGCAGCGAUGAAAUAUUUCCAGAGACACACUUGUAUUCGUUUCAGAAAAAGGACAAAAGAGGAUGUGUACUUGUACUAUAUCGGACACGAUGCUGGCUGUUGGAGCACGGUGGGCAGGGAUCCAUCACAACGCCAACAAUGGAUCUCGAUUGGGGAUGGCUGUGAACCGUUUGGCAUUUCCUCACACGAGGUGGCCCAUGCAUUGGGACUCUUUCAUGAACAGAGCAGAUAUGAUCGUGACAAGUUCAUUCACGUGUUGGCCAAUCGCGUUCCCAAAGGCCUUUACUACAAUUUUGGAAAAGUGGGAAUAUCGAGCUUGAAAACGUACGGGAUCCCUUACGAGAUCGGAUCAGUGAUGCACUAUGGACCAACCGAAUGCCCAGAGGGAUUUGCGGGACGUCAAUGCACUCGACGAGAGGCACCAAGUGUGAUCGGAUGCGGUGGAGUGGUACGAGCCACUCAUGCACCACAAAAGAUCAGAAUCCACAUAAAGCGCAAUGAGAAAGCGACCCAUCUCCGCAACUGCAUCUACCAUUUGGCAGCUCCAAAAGGAAAGCGCGUUGAAGUACGAUUGAAUAAAUUACGUGGGACACUUUGUGAGACGGGUUGUUGGAGGCAAGCGAUCGAAUUGAAGCCACACACGGAUAAGAGGAUCACUGGAUACAGAUUUUGUUGUGCCGGCUAUGCGUCUCGCCGAAUCGUUUCCGCGAAUCAUUUCAUGCCGAUUUUCCUCUUCACAACACGCGGAGACACCGAAGCGACACUUACCUUCAAUAUUUAUAAUCCACAAGGCAGACAAAAUCCCAAUCAAACGAUUGAGGAAGGGUCUGGCAUUGAAGUCGAUGAUCAUGCGGAUAUCUCUGAUUAUCUGAUCAAUGAGAGCGAGGAGUUGGAGAAAGUUGCUCACGACACGUUAAUCGAAGAGAGCUUCCCGGACGGUGAGAUGGAUCCUCUUUCUUUCAUUCAUCCAGCCGAUAUGCCCACUGAGGAGGAGUUGAGGGACACUGACGAAUCGGUGCUUCCAAUUGAUACAGAGGCUUUCGAGAAAGGACGAAAUCCGGCUCAAAAUCGCAUCCCGUUCCGCGAGGCCGACAAGGAGUUGCGCUCU